UUUGGUAAGAAUUUCCAACUUAUUUAUUUUUGUGCUAGUAGGGUUAAUACGGACAUGUUAGGAAGAACUUCAAUUAUAUCUGGAAACUCAUGUUUCCAAAAAUUUUAAUGCAGUUUCUUGCAAUUCAAUAUACUGUUUGUUGCCACUGGGAGCACUGUUUGGGAAACGAGCGAAAAAGCUCAGCAUGGAAAGCUCGAGAACCGAGAACUGUCAGCGGUACACAAACAGAAAACAAAGCGAAGGUGUAUAGCAGAAUAGCGGAGAAAUUAUUAGAUUAUUUGGAAAGUAUAGUAGAAUAGUUAGUAGAGAUUGAAAUUGAUUUGAUUAGAUAGGGAUUAUUGAGUGACUGGCACAGAUUGUCAGCCGAAGCAUUGCCGUCACGUAUUUGAAUUCAAAGAUAGAAGACCGAAAAAUUUUAAAGCUGCUUCGCAACCACAAAAAGAGUUUUUAACUCGCACUGCGAUCAGCUCGGAAAAUCGGCCAUUGUUCUCGCUAACAAAUCUUUAAAAUUUUUCGAUGGCGGCCAAUGCAGAAAAUACGUCCCGACCACUAGAAGAUGCGGAAAGAGGAAACUGCGCGAAUUGUUCCUUGUCGGAUUCAUUCGACAAUUUCGUGCAAUGUGACCAAUGCGAUGCAUGGUGGCACAUGCAGUGCGCGGGAGUCGAUGCUUCGAUUGCAAACCAGAGUUUUGUGUGCAAAAAUUGCACCCCGCACAGCGUUUCAUCUCACAGUUCUUCGAACCGUAUUUCAGCCAGGGUGGCUCUCAAAUUGAAGCUAUUGGAGGAGCAAAAUGCAAUCGAGCUACGAGAGAUUGAGAUUCGGAAGGAGUUUUUGCGGCAAAAAUAUGCAUUGAUAGAGCAACAGAUAGAUGACAUGUGUGACAAUACGAGCCAACGCAGCAAGGUUAGUCGGAGGUCCAGUCGUAAACGAGUAGAGCAGUGGAUUCAGGAUGCCGACCAAGUAGAAGGCGCCGAUGUUCGAGAGAAACCCGAGCGGGGAGCAGCCUCACUGGAGCAGCCGAAAGACACACGCAUUUCGAGAACGACUGAUGGGAAACCACCAUACCCUGAAGGCCAACCACGUCGGACAUUGCUCGAAUCACAGCUACAACACGAAUUUGUCGAGAGGAAUCAGCAGAGCUACAGCGGCGCGAUUCCUAAGGCGCAUCCGAAAACACAUCAGACAACAGCAGAUCAGGUCUGGCCUCUGAAGCCUAUUGUAGGUAACCCCUCCUUACUUACCCCUCCUGUACCGCAUCAAGGUAAGCCGCUCCAUGACAACAAUAAAAUGGAUUCCGCUCAUCCGAAUUUUGAUACUGGUCUACAAGAGUUAUACAAACAAUUCGGGACACUUGGCCUUGCUCAAACAUCAACGAGUAAAGUGCCUUACAGUGGGACAGUUCCUGUUACAUACGGACUCCCAACUAUUUCUGGUGUGAAUCCCGGCCUUUUUCCUACUGGGAACCACCAGCAACAUUGCAUUCCCCCCCUUGGAACAGUUCCUAUCGUUCCGACAACUUAUAAUGCAAAUCCCGCAAGUGAUAUGAACGGAAGACAUCCGUUUGGGAAUGCCCAAAGCGAAUAUGUUCCAACACCCUCACAAUUAGCUGCCAGACAAGUCAUGCCACGUGAUUUGCCUACGUUUUCGGGCAACCCUGUCGAUUGGCCUAUAUUUAUAAGCAGCUUCAUUAACACAACUCAAGUUUGUGGAUAUAGUAGUGCCGAGAACCUCUCCCGUAUACAAAGAUGUUUGAAAGGAGCCGCGUAUGAAGCGGUAAAAAGCCGUUUAUUAUUACCUGAAACAGUUCCCCAGGUGCUAAAUACACUUCAACUACUUUAUGGACGGCCAGAAUUACUGAUCAACGCCCUUUUGGACAAAGUUCGUUCGGUUCCCGCACCGAAAUCAGAUAAACUAGAAACACUCAUCGAUUUCGGGAUGGCAGUCCAGAGUCUAUGUGAUCACUUGGAAGCAGCGGGUCAACGGGAUCACCUUUCCAAUCCAUCGUUGCUUAUGGAGUUGGUGACCAAAUUGCCAGCACACAUCAAAAUGGAGUGGGCGAGUUUCUCAUUGCGAUAUCAAGUUGUAAACCUGAAGACCUUUGGAGAAUUCAUGACAGGUAUAGUGUCAUCCGUUAGUAGAGUCACCUUGUACUCCGGGAGCUACGGCGCAAAUUCUAUGGUGGAGAAACCCAGAUCGAGUCAGAGAGGAACAAUCAAUGCACACGUCGAUGAAAAGGAAAUAAAUCGAGAACCAAUAAAGCUGUGCUGCAUCUGCAAGAGGGGUGAUCAUCGUGUAUAUGAUUGCGGACUAUUCAAGUCAUUUUCAGUGGAUGGACGUUGGAAGAGUGUACAGCGUAAUGCUCUGUGUCGAAGCUGCCUGAAUGCACAUGGGAGAAGAAGCUGCCGCACGGCGAGUCGUUGUGGAAUUGGUGGCUGCGAGUUUCGCCAUCAUAAACUUCUACAUUCGGAUCGAUCGAGUCAUCCCGAGAAUGAGCCAUCGCUCAGAGCUACUGUGUCCGGAAAUUACUCCCACGGUUCCUUCGAACAAUCCUUGUUGUUUCGCAUAGUUCCGGUCAAACUGUACGGUUCUCGUUCCAGUAUCACUACCUUCGCAUUCCUCGAUGAAGGAUCGUCGAUCACUCUAAUUGAAGAGAAAUUAGUGAAUGAACUCGGCGUUAAAGGCAGGAGAGCACCGCUCUGUCUCUCAUGGACAGGAGACGUGACACGAAUGGAAUCGGAAUCAAAGAAAGUGGAGUUGAAGAUAUCCGGUUUGAACAAUGAGAGGAAGUUGCAGUUGGAAGAUGCACGUACAGUAAAGAAGUUGGCCUUACAUGGUCAGAGUCUAUGUUUUGAUGAUCUCGCGGCUAGGUAUGGUUACCUUCGCGGAUUACCAGUGGCCAGCUAUGAGAACGCAAGUCCACGACUGCUGAUCGGCAUCGACAACUUGAGUCUGACCGUUCCGUUAAAAAUGAGAGAAGGAAAAAUACAUGAACCUGUUGCAGUAAAAACCAGGCUAGGAUGGUGUGUCUACGGUGGCAAAGGUUCUAAGCAUACCCGUUGUUCAUUGAACUACCAUGCCUGUGAUUGUGCCUGUGAUCGGCAACUACACGAUGAAGUGAAGGAAUACUUCGCACUGGAAGAUGUCGGUACGAAGGUAAUCGGAGACUUGGAGUCUGCUGAAGACAGACGAGCUCGGAACUUAAUGGAACAAACCACCCGGCGAGUCAAUGGGAGGUUCCAGACGGGCCUGCUAUGGAGAUACGAUGUAAUUGAGUUUCCGGACAGUUUUAAUAUGGCGUUACGUCGGCUUGAAUGUCUUGAACGAAGAAUGGCACGGGAUCCGCUGCUGAAAGAAAAUCUUCAGAAGCAGCUGGUGGAGUACCAAGAGAAAGGCUAUGCGCAUCGGGCUUGUCGAGCCGAUUUAGCACGAUCAGACACGAAACGAGUAUGGUACCUGCCGCUUGGAGCGGUGAGAAAUCCCAAGAAACCUGAGAAAAUACGACUUAUAUGGGAUGCUGCAGCAACUGUGAACGGAGUGUCACUCAACUCAAUGCUUCUCAAAGGGCCUGAUCAGCUAACGUCUUUGCCCGCCGUUCUAUCGCGAUUCCGACAAUUUUCAGUUGGAGUUUCAGCAGAUAUAAAAGAGAUGUUCCAUCAGAUAAUCAUAUGUGAAGCCGAUAGACAUUCUCAACGAUUCCUAUGGCGUACGGAUCCCACGUGUGCGCCAGAGAUAUAUUUAAUGAAUGUAGCUACGUUUGGAGCAACUUGUUCCCCAGCAUCCGCUCAGUAUAUUAAAAAUACAAAUGCGAAGGAGUUCGUCGAUCGCUUUCCACGGGCAGUACAAGGUAUCCUCCAUAAUCAUUACGUCGACGACUUCCUGGACAGUUUCGAGAAUGAAGAAACCGCGGCGCAAGUAUCGGCGGAAGUUAGAAUGAUUCAUAGUCAAGCUGGAUUUCAAUUACGGAACUGGCAGUCAAAUAGUAAAAAUGUUCUAGCACGUCUCGGAGAACCUGCUUCAUCAGGGAGUAAAACGCUGAGCACUGACAAAACGAAGAAUCACGAACGAGUACUGGGCAUGCUUUGGCUGACAGAAGAUGAUGAACUUGGGUAUUCCACUCAUAUGUUAGACGAGAUCGAGAAAUUAAUCAUGGAAGGUGAACGUCCAACCAAACGACAGAUGUUGAAAUGUCUGAUGGGCUUCUUCGAUCCACUGGGGUUGCUGAGUAUGCUAUUGGUCCAUGGCAAAGUGUUACUCCAAGACGUAUGGCGGGCGGGCACUCAAUGGGACCAGAAAGUAGACGGCGACAUUUUUGAGCGUUGGAAUAGAUGGAUCUGUCGUUUGCAGAGUGUCGCUGAUUUUCGUGUCCCACGAUGUUAUUUUCUGGGAGCUACGACUCAGUGUUAUAAUCAGCUCCAACUACACAUAUUUGUGGAUGCAAGUGAGGUUGCCUAUUCUGCACUGGCAUAUUUUCGGAUUAUAAACGAUCAUGGAGUUCCUCAAUGUACUUUAGUAGCUGCGAAGACGAAGGUGGCACCUCUGAAGCAGCUAUCGAUACCACGUCUUGAAUUGCAGGCGGCGGUUCUAGGUACUCGGUUGAUGCUUUUCGUAAUGGAAAGCCAUACAGUCGCUGUAACAAGGAAAUAUCUAUGGAGUGACUCCGCAACAGUACUGGCAUGGAUACGAUCAGAUCAUCGCAGGUAUAAACAAUUUGUGGCCUGCAGAAUAGGAGAGAUUCUGACCGCAUCUAACGUUGACGAAUGGAAAUGGGUGCCUUCAAAACAGAAUCCAGCGGAUCAGGCAACAAAAUGGGGGAAAAGUACUGGUCUAGAUUCUGAGAGUGUUUGGUUCCGUGGGCCUGAAUUCUUGAGACAAUCAGAAACCAACUGGCCGCAGUUUGAAAUCGGGCCAGCAGUUACGGAGGAAGAACUACGUCCUUGCCAUCUUCAUCGAACCAUGAAGACGUGGGAACCAGUGAUCGACUGCCAUCGUUUUUCGAAGUGGGAGCGGUUGUUGAGAAGUACGGCAUACGUUUGGCGCUUCAUUGCCAACCGAAAGCGAGAGCAGAAGAAAUGCGGUAUCCUAUCCAGUGAAGAGCUUCAGAAAGCAGAAAUAACCUUGCUAAGAAUGGCGCAGUGGCAGGUGUUUCCUGAUGAAAUAGCUCUAUUGGAAGAUGGUCAUCAAAACGAAGCAGGCGUCUUACGAAUGGACGGUCGAAUUGGAGCGGCAAUCCAUGCUCCCGAAGAAAUGAAGUUUCCGGUAAUUUUGCCAAGGAACCACCGAAUCACUUUGCUACUUGUGAACGAAUUCCAUCGAAGAUUCCGACACGCAAACGCAGAAACCGUAGUGAACGAACUUCGUCAACGUUUCUAUAUACCACAAAUAAGGUCAGUCGUGAGGAAGGAAACAAAAAAUUGCCAGUGGUGUAAAAUAAGGAAUGCCACCCCAAGGAUGCCUCGAAUGGCUCCUCUACCAUCCGCUAGAUUGGCUUCAUGUGUUCGACCGUUUACCUACACAGGGUUCGAUUUCUUUGGACCAUUAAUGGUGAAGGUCGGCCGAAGUAGCGUCAAGAGAUGGAUUGCGUUAUUCACCUGUCUCACCGUUCGUGCAGUGCACGUUGAAGUUGCCCACAGCCUUUCUACAGAUUCGUGUGUGAAGUGCGUUCGACGAUUCCUGUGUCGGCGGGGAUUCCCCGCAGAAAUUUACAGUGACAAUGGGACGAACUUCCAAGGAGCGGAACGAAUAUUAAAAGAACAACUCCGAGCAGUGCACGAAGGAUUAGCAGCCACAUUUACCAGUACAACAACCAAGUGGAUAUUCAUUCCACCCGCUGCGCCUCAUAUGGGUGGGGCAUGGGAGAGAAUGGUGAGAUCCGUCAAAACCGCCAUGAUAACUGCUUAUAAUAAUGAUAGAAAACUCGACGAGGAAUCGUUGCAAACAUUCGUGAUUGAAGCUGAGUCCAUAGUAAACAGUCGACCGUUAACAUACUUGCCGUUAGAUUCCGGAGAGAGUGAAGCUCUGACUCCGAAUCAUUUGCUCUUGGGAAGCUCGACUGGUGUACGUCAACCUUCGAUACUGCCGACAGAUUCUGCAGCUGCCAUUAGGAACACAUGGAACCAGAUUCAACAUCAACUGGAUAUUUUUUGGAGAAGGUGGAUUCGGGAGUAUCUUCCCACAUUGACCAAGCGAACUAAAUGGUUCGGAGAUACUAGACCAUUGGCCGUAGGAGAUCUAGUUCUUGUGGUGGAUGAGGCAAAAAGGAAUAGCUGGGAACGUGGGCGUGUGUUGGAGAUUGUAACAGCUAGCGAUGGAAGGGUACGACAGGCUACAAUCCAAACAUUGAGAGGGCUCUUGAGAAGACCAGUGUCCAAGCUUGCGGUUCUAGAUGUUGCAUGAGGUAAAACUGCACCAGUGAGCAGUGUUACGGGGGGGAGGAUGUUGCCACUGGGAGCACUGUUUGGGAAACGAGCGAAAAAGCUCAGCAUGGAAAGCUCGAGAACCGAGAACUGUCAGCGGUACACAAACAGAAAACAAAGCGAAGGUGUAUAGCAGAAUAGCGGAGAAAUUAUUAGAUUAUUUGGAAAGUAUAGUAGAAUAGUUAGUAGAGAUUGAAAUUGAUUUGAUUAGAUAGGGAUUAUUGAGUGACUGGCACAGUAAGUACAUAUAAAUAAGAUUUGGAAGCUGACAAUAAUGAAUUGUAAUUUGAAUAGGAUUGUCAGCCGAAGCAUUGCCGUCACGUAUUUGAAUUCAAAGAUAGAAGACCGAAAAAUGUAAGAUGAAAAUGCAUAUUGUUAUUACAUGAAAUAAAUAUUUGA